GGGAUGCUCUGACAAAGUUUUACAGAAGGUGUGCUGAUCAGGAGCACCACCUGGAGUUGACAGCAUGGGUUGCUUCAGCAGAAAGGGUGGGAAGGACGGCCCCACGUCUGAUGCAGGCAAGUCGCAGGGUGAUGACGCGCAAGCGAUGGAGGAAGGCCCCUCUGGUGCUCCACCGUCCCCGCAGCCGUCUGUCUUUAGCAUUUGGUUUGCGUCGCACCUGUGGUGGAUCUGGCUGACGCCGUUUAUGAAGCUGGGCAACAGAAGGGCCAUCCAGGAAAACGAUCUGUACCUUCUCAAAGAAAAUGAGCGCACGCGCCGUAGCUACCAGGACUGGUGUCAAAGCUACCAGAAGGUCAAGACAAAAGAUGGGCUUGACGCCGGCAAGCUCCAAAAUGUCCCGAAAGCUGACCAAGUUACGGGCGGCAGCGUCAAAGUACCGAGGAUCGUUGGCCGCAUUCUUGUGCGGUCAUUUGGGAGGGAGUACUUCACCGCUGCACUAAAUAAGCCAGUGUGGUUGAUCGCAGUCAUUAUGCAGGUUUACGUAUUGAAGGGCCUGGUUAACUUAGUGUCCAAGAAGCACCAGGACAUUAACCUGGGUUGGGGCAUCUUUUUGGUUAUCGCCAUGUUCCUAACCUCGGUGGUUCAGAGCUUAACCCAACACCACUGCUUCACGGGCAGUCAAAGGGUGGGCAUGAAGAUUCGCUCUGCAGUCAGCAUGGCCGUCUUUGACAAGUUGCUAGUGAUGCGGUCGGUGGCGCUGGGCGGCACGACGAGCGGCGAGAUGAUGAACCUGCUGACCAACGACACGCAGAAGCUGCUCGAGUGCGCGACCUACUUUCACUUCGUCUGGCACGGCGUCGUGGAGAUGAUCGUCGUGUGCAUUUUCGCGGUCAUUGAGGCCGGGCCCGCGGCGCUCGGGGGCGUCGCGAUCAUCGUGUUGAUCAACCCGAUCCAGGCGUGGAUGGCGAGCGUCAUCGGCAAGAUCCGCAACCGCGCGGUCAAGCUGACGGACGCGCGCGUCCGGCUGGUGUCCGAGGUCCUGACGGGCGUCCGAGUCGUCAAGUACAACGGCUGGAGCGGCUCGUUCCUCGCGCGCAUCCAGGGGCUGCGCUCCAAGGAGAUGGCGCAGAUCAGCCAUGCGGGCUACUUGCGGUCGGCAACUUCGACGAUCAAGGAUACGAUCACUCCGCUCGCAUCUCUGGUCACGUUCUGGAUCUACGUGUCAGUCCACGGAGGGGCGCUCCGGCCUGCGGUGACGUUCGCCACCCUGGCGUUCUUCAGUAUCCUCGUGCGGGUCUUUUCCCUCCUGCCCACAGGUGUUCAAUUCUUCGCCGAGUCCCUCGUCGCAAUCCGCCGCCUGGAUAGCUUCCUCGCUCUCCCCAACGGCAACGACAAAUACUCUUCCGACCGCUCCCUGCAAGCCUCCGCCUCCAACCCCGACGCCGCCGCGGUGCUCUCCAAUGGAACCUUUAGCUGGUCGCUCAUCUCUACAACCCCUCUGCCCGGAACCUCUCACGAUUCCGGGACGCCCCGGCCGUCGUUCUCAGGAACGCCUAAAGAUUCCGGUCCGUCGUUUUCGGAGCAGCGUAGCCUGCGCGGUGCACAGGGCCCCGGGAUGAGGCUGCAGCUGAGUCACAGUUUAGGCACGCAGAAGAAGAUUGCGAGUCUCAUCAGCGAAGGCCCUGUUUUGAGGGCGGUGGAGUUUGCGCUGAGAAGGGGAGAGCUGGUCGCGAUCACAGGAGCAGUUGGGGCGGGGAAGAGCUCGUUGCUCCAGGCGAUUAUGGGCGAGAUGGAGUGCUUGGACGGCGCGUUUUGGAAGUCCGAACCGGCGGCGUACUGUCCGCAGCAGCCGUGGAUUCUUAACGACACCAUCCGCAACAACAUCACCUUCGGAGAGCCAUACGAUGCUUCCCGUUAUGCUGCCGUCACGCACGCGUGCGCGCUGGACCACGAUAUCGCCAACCUGCCCGGGGGGCACGAGACUGAGAUUGGAGAGCGGGGCGUAACGCUUAGUGGCGGCCAGAAGGCGCGUCUCUCCCUCGCGCGCGCGCUCUACAGCCGAGCACAACUCCUCUUGCUUGACGACCCUCUGUCCGCUGUUGACGUCCCCACCGGGCGUCAUCUCACGCAGCACGCGUUGACGGGGCCGCUCGCACAGGGGCGCGCGAGGCUGUUGGUGACGCACCAACGGAGGUGCUUGAGCGCAUGCGAUCGGGUGAUGCUGAUGGAGGGCGGGACGCUCCGACUGGUGGAGAGCGAAGAGGAGCUGCGGAGCAUUGGGGCAGUCGAUGAUGAUCUGGAGGGAAUCGAGGAGGAGCCUAUUCACACGUCGGAAGAACGGGUGGAGGGCCACCUCGAUUCAGGGAGGAGCAUUUCAGGAGGAGGGGCCGGUAGCGCGGCUAGCGAAAGAGGGGGGAGUGCGCCAGUUUUGGGGGAGAGAAGAUUAGACGAAAGUGCCGGUAGUGUAGCGGAAGCACGAGGGGGAUUGUUGCAAGAUAGGGGGGCGGCAAAUUUGCACUCAGAACGAAAGAGCGCAAGUGCUGUGGCGGAGGAAAGAGGCGGCCAGGUACCGCUGGACUUGGCGGCUGUAGGGGGGGUCGAUGAGAAUGCCGAAGCAGAGGCGCAGGCGCUGACGUCAGCGAGCGGCGGUUCGGUGACGUCAGCCGAGGUCGGUACCGUUGGGAGGGACGUUACGAAAGCGGACGGGGUUGCGCCGUUGGUGCACGGAGAGGGGACGUCAGGUGCGAAAGGGCAGCAAAACGGGGUUAAGCAGGGUUGGAAGUCGGGUCAGACGGUGGUUAAGGAGGACCGAGUGGAGGGCGUGGUGACGAGAGAGACGGUCAAGUCGUACAUAAGCGCCGGGGGGGGAUACCUUAUGUUUGCGACCGUGAUGAUUGUAUUCCUUAUCGCUCAGGGCGUUCGUGUCAUGGGCGAUUGGUGGCUCGCUGCGUGGACGGACCAGACUUACCAGCUGAGCGCACAGCAGUUUAUGGCGUCAUACUUGGCGUUUGUGGUGGGGGGCUUUUUGCUCGCUCUCGUACGCGCCUUCCUCUUCACCUUCUUUGCGCUCAACGCUGCGGCGGGGCUGCACGACAAUAUGGCCACGCAUAUCUUGCGUGCACCGCAGGUCUUCUUUGAUCAGAACCCUGUCGGCCGCAUCCUGAACCGCUUCGGGAAGGAUCAGUCCUUGGUAGACGAGUUCCUACCGAGUACGGCGCAGGUAACGUUGGAGCUGCUGUGCAGCUGUCUCGGCUCGGUCAUAAUCAUCGGUGUGCUGGUCCCCUGGUUCCUCCUCGUGUUGCCCCCCCUGAUCAUCACCUUCCGCUACCUGCAAAGAAUGUACGUAUCAGUCUCCCGGGAAGUGAAGCGAUUGGAGGGGACGACGCGCUCGCCCGUCUUUGCUCUGUUUGGCGCGGCACUGCAAGGUGUCGAUUCAGUGCGUGCCUAUUGCGCGCAAGAGCGCUUCAAAGCCCUCUUCGAAGCGCUUAUCGACGUCAACCACCGGUGCUACAUUCUGUUCGUCCACGGGAGCCGAUGGCUGGGAGUGCGAUUGGACUUGCUCGCCGCACUGUGCGUCACCGUUGCGGCGGCCUGCGUACUGAUUCUAAGGAACCACAUCGCGGCGGGGAUUGCGGGCGUGGUUCUGGUUCAGUCUCUGCAGCUGACGGGACUCUUUCAGUAUGGCGUUCGUCAGGCGGCUGAGACGGAGAACUUCUUCACGAGCGUCGAGCGCAUUAGCGCAUACACGGUCGUGGAGGACGAGGAGGAACGGGCGCCCAGCCAGACCGCCCCCGUUAUCCCCGAUAAAAGCUGGCCCCAGGAUGGCGUCAUCGAGUUCCGUGACGUCACCAUGGCGUACAGAACGGAUCUGCCGCCGGUGCUGCGGGGCCUCAGCUUCAAGGUUAACGGCAGAGAAAAGGUGGGAGUUCUGGGGCGCACCGGCGCGGGCAAGUCUAGCCUCGUCUCCAACCUGUUCCGUAUGGUCUACAAUGAAUCGUGCGGGGGCGAGAUCCUCAUCGACGGGAUCGACAUCCGAACCGUUCCGUUGGACCUCCUGCGGUCGAAGAUGUCCAUCAUUCCGCAGGACCCGGUUCUCUUCGAAGGCACCGUCCGGCAGAAUCUGGACCCGUUCAGCGUCCAUUCGGACGAGGAACUGCUGGCGGCGCUCGACCGGGCACACCUCAAGACCGGUGUCGCUGCUUUGGUGCAACUGAAAAAGGGAGCAACCGAGGAAAGCAUUCUCAAGGCCCCCGUGGUAGAGAACGGCAACAACUUUUCCGUCGGCCAGCGGCAGCUCCUCUGCUUGGCACGUGCCCUGCUGCGCAACAGCCGCGUCGUGGUCAUGGACGAGGCGACUGCCGCAGUGGACCACGACACCGAUCAGCUUAUACAGGCGGCUGUGCGGGAUGUGUUCGACAAUUGUACCGUUCUUACGAUCGCUCACAGGUUGGAGACGAUCAUCGACUGCGACCGUGUGCUGGUCCUCGCCAAGGGUCAACUCGCGGAGUUUGACACCCCGGUCAACCUGCUACGGAGCGCCACCCGCGAGCAGACCGGCAUCUUCGCCGGCAUGGUCGCGCAAACCGGGUCAGCGAAUGCAGAGCAACUCUUGCAUGCGGCUGAAGAAGCGGAGCGGACGAGAUUUAAAAGGACGGCGCCCUCGCAUACUAGUGCUUAACACCUUUUUCUAUCGCCGUUGGGGCGAAGAGUUUCUCGGCUGCAUGUCUCAGUGGACUUGCACGCCUGUGUCAC